GGGAGGAGUAAAUGGUGCUGAGCAGAAAGCCUCUGACAUGAAGGACAGGUCGUACUGGCAGAGGGCCUGAAGUCCACAUCCGUGAUGGAUUUUGUUCUGAGCGGGUCCGCAGCGUGCGGAGCGUGUCUGUUCACCAACCCGCUGGAGGUGGUCAAAACGCGGAUGCAGCUGCAAGGAGAGCUCAAGAGCCGGGGUACCUACCAGAUUUACUAUCGCAACGUGUUCCACGCUUUUUACACCAUCGGGAAGGUGGAGGGACUUUCCGGCUUACAGAAAGGACUGGCACCCGGGUUGGUAUAUCAGUUUUUUAUGAAUGGAGUCAGGCUCGGCUCUUACGCCAUCAUUGAAUCCUCUGGCUACAUCCACACCAACGGAAGGGUCAGCGCGCUCAAAACCACGAUAGCAGGGGCUGUGGCAGGAGUAGUGGGAGCAGUGAUGGGCAGUCCUGUAUACUUGGUAAAGACUCAUCUGCAGAGUCAGUCUACUCCCUCCAUCGCUGUCGGACAUCAGUAUCAACACCAGGGGAUGACCCAGGCCCUGGCAGCCAUCUACAGGCAGCAUGGUAUUCUGGGAUUGUGGAGGGGCUCCAGUGCUGCAGUACCGAGGGUCAGCGUGGGAUCAGCUGCUCAACUCUCCACGUUCUCCUCCUCCAAGGAGCUUGUGAUUGACCUGCAGGUGUUCCCAAAGGACAGCUGGUUGGUGGCCCUGACCGCCGGGAUGAUCAGCAGCGUGGUGGUGGUGUUGGCCAUGACGCCUUUUGACGUAGUGAGCACACGGCUCUACAACCAGCCCGUGGAUCCUCUCGGCAAGGGCCAGCUUUAUAAAGGAUUCACAGACUGCUUCUCUAAGACACUGAGAAAGGAGGGUUUGAUGGGACUCUACAAAGGCUUGGGAGCCUCUUAUUUCCGGAUCGGUCCACACACCAUUCUGUCUUUGUUCUUCUGGGAUGAACUGCGCAAACUGUACUGGCAGUUAAGAUAA